AUGAUGCUCCAAAGGCUGGUGCCCUGCCUGGUGCUGCUACAGUCGGCCACGGCUGGCUACCUGGCGGUGCCUCUGCAAUCUCCGGCAAGCGUAACCUUCGUCAACAGUCAACAGCAUGCCGGUUUGUUGGCAGGACCCGUUCGGUUAACGACGGCACCGGCGGCCAUCGUUGAUGCUCGCUCGGCCGCCGUAUCUGUGAGCCAGCAGGCGCCAGCGCCCCAGUUCUACUCCUACAACGUCCAGCAGCCGGUCUUUGGUAAGCCAAGCUACACGCCGACGUCGGUGCAGUACCACUCCUACGGCAAUCCGUCGGUGCGUGUGUACGAUCCGAGGUCUUUCGUCUACACGAACAGUGUCCCCACGACGACGCACACCGUCCAGCAGCAGGUGCCAGUGACGGUGACCACCCAAUACCACCACGACCACCAUCAGAUUCCCACGGUGUACCAAGUUCCCGCGCCGAAGCCAACGCCGGUUCCGGUGCCAACACUGGUUCCGGUGCCCGUCGCUCCAACCUACACCAAAACGGUCACAACCGGGCCAACGUACAUUACGCCACCGCCACCUCCGCCACCAUUACCGGUGCCCGAGGUGAAACACGUCCCGGUGGUGCGAUCGCGCAAGUUCAAGGUACGCCGGCCGGCCAUUCAGAAUCAGUUCUACGACAUCGAGGAACGGGUCAUCAUUCGGCCCGUCGGUUCGGCGCUGGUCGAACUGGAGCAACCGAUCUCGCAGACCGAAACCCGGACCAAAACCACCACGAAGACCACGUUCGCCGAGAAGCACCCAAUCUACGUGUCGGUUCCGGCGCCAGUACCGGUGGACCACACGGUGUCGGAGCACGGCGAAGAAGAGCUCUACAAAACGCGCAUCGGACGGCCACAGGUUGUAACGCAGACCACCACGGUCUACACGGAGCGCCCGACGGUCACGCGCAAGGAUGGGUACGAUCGGAUCCAGGACGAGCGGACAGUGCAGGCGCAGAAGUCGGCCGCCAGCACGGCCAAGAGCUCCGAUGCGGAGUUUAUCGAUGCGCCGGGUAGUGCGGUUCCACAGGAACCGCAGCCCAUCUUCACGCAAGGACACGCCAUCUACCACCAGGGACACCAGACGGCGUACCUCCAUCCGUUCGCUCACCCACACCUUGCGCCACACCCGUAUGUGUACCACCCGGGGAACGCAGGACAUCUGCUGCACCACGUGGCCUACGUCGAUCAGCAGCCCCAUACGGCACUGCUGGCUCCCCAUCCGGCAGCUCACCCAGGGGUCUUCCACGUACCCUCCUCGACGACUCCCCUGUACCCGGUGAUAGCUCCUGCUCGCGACUGCGAUGACCAGGGCCCUCCGAAGGCACCACAUUAUCUGCCACCCACCGUGACCCCCGUAGCUCCCAUCACACCUUCUCAGCCCCCCGUCGGUACUACCACACCGUAUCCGCCUUCGUCGACGCCCGGAACUUUGGCGGACGACGAAGACGACUACGAAGAUUCGAUCGUAGUGAAUGCGCGCGGCGGCAGCCACAACCUUACCGAGUACGCCACGAUGGACUCGGACACGGACUACGAUACGGCCACGAUCGCCAGCACGGCGGCGGUGCCGUCCUCGAACCGCUACCACGACAAGUAUCGCGGUGAACAGCAGAGCUCCUCCCAACAGAGUUCCUCCCAACAGAGUUCCUCGCAACAGAGACAGGGUUCGAUAGAGAUCACCUACGCCACGCGCCCUACUCCCGCCAGUGACAUCGUCGCGUUCGAUCCAUCCACUUCGUCGUCCGGUGGCUUUGAUCUGGGACCCUUGUACUCCACCCCGCGAGGAUUCUCUUUCCCGUCGACCACUCCCCGCACGCCCGCGACCACUUUGAUGGGCUCGUCCAGCUAUGCCCCCAGCAGCAGCAGCAGCAGCAGCAGUGCCGCCUCGAGCACGGCCGCAUCGCAGCGAUCGGUUACCGUAAUCUCCUCGACCACACCGCUCACGUUGUCCGCGCGCUUUAGCGAGGACUCGGUCAGCUCGUCCGCAUCCCACCAGGCCACCGCCAGCUCCCAGUCGCUCGUCGUAGGCCAAGGGCUAACGCGGGAACAGAUCCACGAAAACCAGAAGCAGUUCAUCAAGCUGCUGUCGGAGCGGGACUCGAUCGCCCAGGUGGGAUACGGAGGCCCGAAGGGGGAAACGACCGGCUCGCUGCUCGAUGCGUACGUGCGCAGUCGCGUGCUGUCGGCCACGCCGGCACCGCACGACGCCAAGGAAACGUCGCGCACCGUCAACAUCCGGCGCAUCAUCGUGUCCCGGCCCGUCGAAACGGAGCAGGAGGUGGAGGUGCGCGAACAGGCCUACGCUACGACGCUGGCGCCCCCGAGCACGGACUACGAGCACAAGCGGGACGUGAGUGAGGUCAGCACGGUUUCCGCCCGAAGUGACGGCGGCCAGCUAGGACCACGGGUACCGGUCUACGUCGACGCCAAACCACCGGCCUUCGUCAACGAGUCGGACCAGUAG